AUGGAUGAAGUAUUGGAAAUGAUUGCUGAUGCAGUCUCAUCUCUUGUAGUUGCUAUUACAGAGAGUGAGGAAAAGAAUACCUUGUUUGGUGACAUGGUACCAGGAGUAGAAUUAAUUCAACAAGCAGUAAAUGGAAUGGUAGAAGCAUCAAUUGAAUCAGAACCACUGAUUGAUGAAGAAUUUGUACCACAAUUAAAGGAAACAUCGUCGUCGUUGAAAAAUGCUGCCGGACAAUUAUACGCACAUGCUGUGCGUGCAAGAGAGGACCCAUGGAAUCGUGUCCCACAAAAAGAUGCCAUCAAGGCGGCCAAGUUGAUUUUACAAAAGGUAGUCUUGUUGGUGUUGAUCGAGGAGCAGUCAAAUAUCAAGGUUCUCGUAAACAUUGCCAAAAAGGUGGCCGAAGGUGUCAGACGUAUCGACGAGAUUGAGAAUUUGAACCAACUCAACAUUAUGGUGGCCGACGUUGUUGCAUUGGAACAAGAACUUGUCAAACGUUCUCAACGUAGAUCAGAGGGUAGUCACAGCCCAGAGUUUCGUCAAAAACUCGAAGAUCUCUCAUACAUUGUCAACGAUCUCUCUGAAAAACAUCAACAAGCCGCUCGUCAAGUAUGCACCAAUCCACAAGACCAAUCAAUCCGUUCAGCUCGUAACACUGUCAGUCAUAAAUUAUUAUCUGCUAUUGAUGAUAUGAUUGAAACUAUUAAACAAAUCUUUUCUGCAAAUACUAAAUUUGUUGAUCUUGCCUUCAAAUGGAAACCAGUUAGAACAAUGGCAGAAGAUGAAGUAGUAAGUGCAUCAGCACAAUUAAUAGGACAACUUCAUUCAUUACCAAAACAAAUUGAAAUGGGAAAUGGACCAACAGCAGCAAGAGAGAUUGUCAAUUCGGCCAACCUUCAAAUAUCCAAUGCUAUUAUUGUUGCUGAAAAGUGUGAUGAUCCAGUCAAGAAAAAGAUGAUUCUAAAGAGCAUAGAGGAACUCAAAAAGUUGACACCACAAUUGAUUGCCGCCAUCAAGCCGGUACUCGAGAAUCCAAACGACGAGGCUGCCAAGAGACACUUGGACAAUUUGAUCUACUCUACACAAAAGGCAUCGGAAAACUUGGCAGUGGCAGUUGUAUCGACACCCGCCGAGAUUGUCGCCGCCUCUGGUGUCAGUUUGGCCCGCGAUCUCGAUGACCUCGAGGCCGCCCUCAACCGUGGUGAUGUCAAGCGUGCCGAGAUUAUCGCCAACAAUUUGGGUGCCGCCAUUGACCGUCACAUUGAAAUGUCGACUGCCUAUCUCGACUCUAUCAAGGAUCCAGCACUCCGUCACCAAGUUCAAAAGGCCAUUGAAAAGUUGGUUCAACUCAAACCACGUCUUUUAGAGUCUGCUCAACGUUGCGUCAGAGAGCCACAAAACCAAGAGGCCCGCAAGCAACUCCAAACCGUCGUCAAGGAGACCAAGCAAGCAAUCUCUCAAAUCUCGGGAUCCCAUGAAAUGGUGUCGGCCAUCAAUUCCAAGCUCCACAAUGAUCUCGACAAUUUACUCAAAUGUAUUGAUGAGCGUGGUCCAGACAUGCAAUUCAAGGGUGUUCAACAUGCCAAAGAUAUUGCUGCAGACAUUAAAAAGCAAUUGGAAGAGGCCGAGAACUACAUGAAUUCAAUCACAGACCCUGAACGCAAGCGUCAAAUCCAAGAGGCCAUCGACCGUCUCAAACACCUCACUCCACAACUACUCGAAGCCAUCAAGGAUGUUUUGGCCAAUCCCGACGACAAGGCAGCUCGUGCACGUCUCGAAUCACUCAUUCGUCAAGUCAAAGACGCCUCUUCCAACCUUGCAGCCGUUACCCAACCCACGCCAGAAGAGCUCAAGGCCCAAAAGGCAGCCCGUGAUGCCGCCUAUGCCAAGAGUCAAGUCCAAGUCCCACCACCCAAACCAGAACCCAAGCCAGAGCCCAAGCCCGUCCCACCCAAAUUCAUCGUCCCCGAAGGACCAGUCAACAAGGCCGUCUACAGUGCUGCUGCCGAUGUCGCCAACGCCCUCGAAAACAAGACUCGUGACGACACUCCACUCGGUCAAUUGGUCACCCUCGGUGAUGAUAUUGCCCGUCAAAUGGCCAUGCUCUCGAGCUUUGCCGCAAAGGGAGAUGUCAAGGGCAUGAUUGGUGCCGCCAGAAAGAUUGCCGAUUCCAUCCGUCAAAUCCAAACCACCGCCAAGGGUAUCGCCGCCAACUGUACAGAUCCACGUCUCAAACAGGCCGUCCUCAACUAUGUCGAUUGUGGUGGCAACUUUUCAACUCAACUCAAGAUUCUUUGUGCCGUCAAAUCAGACAUUGAAGAUGAUUCAACAAGUGAGGAACAAUUGGUUACUUGUGCAAAGGGUCUUUCUUCUGCAGUUAUUAAUAUUGUAAAAUCUGCUGAAUCUGCUAGUUUAAAAUUAGCAAAAAAAUAG